AUGUUUUCCCUCAUCGCCCACUGGCUGAAGGUUCGGGAGGUGAUGAUCAAUGUGUCCCGGCAGCAAGUGGAGGAUUUCCACGGGCCCGAGGAUUAUUGGUGUCUCUGUGUCGCCUGGAGCCAUCUCGGGACGUCGAAGAGCCGCAAGGCCACGGUCCGCAUCGCCUACCUGAGGAAGAACUUUGAGCAGGACCCCCAGGGGAAGGAGGUUCCAAUCAACAUGAUGAUCGUUCUGCACUGCCGCCCUCCGGAGGGGGUGCCCAUCGCCGAGGUAAGACUGAUCACAAGCUGA